AUGCCCCUCCUCCCCACUCUAGCUUCAACUGCAGCUUGCUUAGUCAGAAUCUUCCCCAAUCCGCCUUUAUCACUGCUAAAGAUCCACCCGCCCACCGAUCUCCGCGACGCCGAUAAUUCUUCUUCCGUAGCCCGGCACCGGUCCGCCUCCGAGUUUCUCCAAGAUCCGCCGUCGCCGACUCCUCCGAUUGAACUUCAAGUUCUCUCUUGUGUGCCGAGGCCUUCAUCUUCACAACCCCCACCGCAGUUGGAAGUCAUCUCGACGGGUUCGACCGUUUCAGCAACGACUUCGGCUUCUUCAACCUAUCGCCAGUCAUCACCUCGGAAGCGUAGACAACUGUCGGAGCAGGUUUGGCGGGGGUAUUAG